UCCUUGCGGUAAAAUAUUGCUGAAGAAAGAGGGCACUAGUGUACAGCCCAGAUCGCAUCCUUGCACCGUCUGGGUUAGAGCUGAGGCGUCUGCGAACCGAGCUUGGCCGAGGUGCUCUGGCCCGGGGACCAAAGCGCUAUCUACCCGGACUCAGCCUCCAGCUCACCGCAGCCACCACGACGCCCAUUGUACAUUUGGUCAGUUUACACUGAUGUAUCUGUGAAGAAAGGGGACUCGAAUUCCCCUAGAGACGCCUCCAGGGCGUGGAGGUGGUCGUGGAGGACCGGGAAGAGGAGGCGGAAGGGAAGGAGGCUGGGGUGCAGGCGGCGAAGGCAUCUGACAAGCGGUGUCGGCAGGGGGGACCGAGCCCGCAGAAGCGGGCGUCGGGUCCACACUGAGCUCACAAAGCCGGCUGGCUGGACCAGCGUGGGAACGAGGCUGGCGGACUGUGGACCGCGUCUUCAGCACAAUGGUCCGGCUCCUCUUGCUUUUCUUCCCAGCCGUCUUUUUAGAGAUGUCCCUUUUCCCUAGAGGCCCCGGCGGGAAAGUGUUGCUGGCGGGAGCCUCGUCUCAGCGCUCGGUGGCCAGAAUGGACGGAGAUGUCAUCAUUGGGGCCCUCUUUUCAGUCCACCAUCAGCCUCCCGCCGAGAAGGUGCCCGAGAGGAAGUGUGGGGAGAUCAGGGAGCAGUAUGGCAUCCAGAGGGUGGAGGCCAUGUUCCACACGUUGGAUAAGAUCAACGCAGACCCGGUCCUCCUGCCCAACAUCACACUGGGCAGUGAGAUCCGAGAUUCCUGCUGGCACUCCUCCGUGGCUCUGGAGCAGAGCAUUGAGUUCAUCAGGGACUCUCUGAUUUCCAUUCGAGAUGAGAAGGAUGGGCUCAACCGGUGCCUGCCUGACGGCCAGACCCUCCCCCCAGGCAGGACUAAGAAGCCCAUUGCAGGAGUGAUCGGCCCGGGCUCCAGUUCUGUAGCCAUACAAGUGCAAAACCUGCUCCAGCUCUUUGACAUCCCCCAGAUCGCCUAUUCUGCAACAAGCAUCGACCUGAGUGAUAAAACUUUGUAUAAAUACUUCCUGAGGGUUGUCCCCUCUGACACUUUGCAGGCAAGAGCGAUGCUUGACAUAGUCAAGCGUUACAAUUGGACCUAUGUCUCUGCAGUCCACACGGAAGGGAAUUAUGGGGAGAGCGGCAUGGAUGCUUUCAAAGAGCUGGCUGCCCAGGAAGGCCUCUGCAUCGCCCAUUCAGACAAAAUCUACAGCAAUGCUGGGGAGAAGAGCUUUGACCGACUCCUGCGCAAGCUCCGAGAGCGGCUUCCCAAGGCCAGAGUGGUGGUUUGCUUCUGCGAAGGCAUGACCGUCCGAGGCCUCCUGAGCGCCAUGCGGCGCCUUGGAGUCGUGGGCGAGUUCUCACUCAUUGGAAGUGAUGGAUGGGCAGACAGAGAUGAAGUCAUUGAAGGUUAUGAGGUGGAAGCCAACGGGGGAAUCACGAUAAAGCUGCAGUCUCCAGAGGUCAGGUCAUUUGAUGAUUAUUUCCUGAAACUGAGGCUGGACACUAAUACAAGGAAUCCCUGGUUCCCUGAGUUCUGGCAACAUCGGUUCCAGUGUCGCCUACCAGGACACAUUCUGGAAAAUCCCAACUUUAAACGAAUCUGCACAGGUAAUGAAAGCUUAGAAGAAAACUACGUCCAAGACAGUAAGAUGGGGUUUGUCAUCAAUGCCAUCUACGCCAUGGCACACGGGCUACAGAAUAUGCACCAUGCCCUCUGCCCUGGCCAUGUGGGCCUCUGCGAUGCCAUGAAGCCCAUUGACGGCAGCAAACUUCUGGACUUUCUCAUCAAGUCCACGUUCAUCGGUGUGUCUGGAGAGGAGGUGUGGUUUGAUGAGAAAGGAGAUGCUCCUGGGAGGUAUGAUAUCAUGAAUCUCCAGUAUACUGAAGCUAAUCGCUAUGACUAUGUACAUGUUGGAACCUGGCAUGAAGGAGUGCUGAACAUUGAUGAUUAUAAAAUCCAAAUGAACAAGAGUGGAGUAGUACGGUCUGUGUGCAGUGAGCCUUGCCUAAAGGGUCAGAUUAAGGUCAUACGGAAAGGAGAAGUCAGUUGCUGCUGGAUUUGCACCGCUUGCAAAGAGAAUGAAUAUGUGCAAGAUGAAUUCACCUGCAAAGCCUGUGACUUGGGAUGGUGGCCCAAUGCAGAUUUAACAGGUUGUGAACCCAUUCCUGUCCGCUAUCUUGAGUGGAGCAACAUAGAAUCCAUCAUAGCCAUUGCCUUUUCCUGCCUGGGCAUCCUGGUAACCUUGUUUGUCACCCUCAUCUUCGUGCUGUACCGGGAUACACCAGUGGUCAAAUCCUCCAGUCGGGAGCUCUGCUACAUCAUCCUAGCUGGCAUCUUCCUCGGUUAUGUAUGCCCUUUCACCCUCAUUGCCAAACCUACUACCACAUCCUGCUACCUCCAGCGUCUCCUGGUUGGCCUCUCCUCUGCCAUGUGCUACUCCGCUCUAGUGACCAAAACCAAUCGCAUUGCACGCAUCCUGGCUGGCAGCAAGAAGAAAAUCUGCACCCGGAAGCCCAGGUUUAUGAGUGCCUGGGCCCAGGUGAUCAUUGCCUCAAUUCUCAUUAGUGUGCAGCUAACCUUGGUGGUGACCUUGAUCAUCAUGGAGCCCCCCAUGCCCAUUCUUUCCUACCCAAGUAUCAAAGAAGUCUACCUUAUCUGUAAUACCAGCAACCUGGGUGUGGUGGCCCCUUUGGGCUACAAUGGACUCCUCAUCAUGAGCUGUACCUACUAUGCCUUCAAGACCCGCAAUGUGCCCGCCAACUUCAAUGAGGCCAAAUAUAUUGCCUUCACCAUGUAUACCACCUGCAUCAUCUGGCUGGCUUUUGUGCCCAUUUACUUUGGGAGCAACUACAAGAUCAUUACCACCUGCUUUGCAGUGAGCCUCAGUGUAACGGUGGCCCUGGGGUGCAUGUUCACUCCCAAGAUGUACAUCAUUAUUGCCAAGCCGGAGAGGAAUGUCCGCAGUGCCUUCACCACCUCGGAUGUAGUCCGCAUGCAUGUUGGCGAUGGCAAACUGCCCUGCCGCUCCAACACUUUCCUCAACAUUUUCCGAAGAAAGAAACCAGGGGCAGGGAAUGCCAAGAAGAGGCAGCCAGAAUUCUCGCCCACCAGCCAAUGUCCGUCGGCACAUGUGCAGCUUUGAAAACCCCCACACUGCAGUGAAUGUUUCUAAUGGCAAGUCUGUGUCAUGGUCUGAACCAGGUGGAAGACAGGUGCCCAAGGGACAGCACAUGUGGCACCGCCUCUCUGUGCACGUGAAGACCAAUGAGACGGCCUGCAACCAAACAGCCGUCAUCAAACCCCUCACUAAAAGUUACCAAGGCUCUGGCAAGAGCCUGACAUUUUCAGAUACCAGCACCAAGACCCUUUACAACCUGGAGGAGGAGGACGCCCAGCCGGUAGGCUUCAGCCCUCCCAGCAGUCCUUCCAUGGUGAUGCACCGACGCGUGCCAACUGCGGCGAGCACCCCGCCUCUGCCGCCCCGCCUGACUGCGGAGGAGACCCCCCUAUUCCUGGCUGACCCGGCCAUCCCCAAGGGCUUGCCCCCCCCCCUCCAGCAACCGCCGCCACUGCCGCAACCGCAGCCGCAGAAAGCCCUCCUGGACCAGCUGCAGGGAGUGGUCAACAAUUUCAGCACCGGGAUCCCGGAUUUCAACGCGGUGCUCGCUGUCCCCGGGGGUCCCGGGAAUGGGGUGCGGUCCCUGUUUCCGCCCCCGGCGCCCCCGCAGCACCUGCAGAUGCUCCCGCUGCAGCUGAGCACCUUCGGGGAGGAGCCCGCCUCCCCGCCAGCGGAGGACGACGACGAGGACGACAGCGAGAGGUUCAAGCUCCUCCAGGAGUAUGUGUAUGAGCGGGAAGGGAACACGGAGGAAGAUGAACUGGACGAGGAGGAGGAGGACCUGCAGGCAGCCAGCAAACCGACCCUCGAGGAUUCGCCUGCCCUGACGCCUCCGUCCCCCUUCCGCGACUCAGUGGCCUCGGGUAGCUCGGUGCCCAGCUCUCCCGUGUCCGAGUCGGUGCUCUGCACCCCUCCCAACGUGACCUACGCCUCUGUCAUCCUGAGGGACUAUAAGCAAAGCUCUUCCACCCUGUAGGGAGGAGGUGUCCACAGGGAAAAGCCAGAGUGGUCAAGGAGUAUCAGCACCUCCGGAGAUGUGCAGAAAACUGGGGGAGAAGCGGAGGCUGGAGGGUGAAGUCCCAAGCAAGGGAGAGACAGCUGCUGACACCCUAACAAGGCGAACGCGAGAGAUGCUGGACUCUGCGAGCAAAAAGUGAUCCGGGAGAGGGUCCUGAUUCUUGAAGUAUUCAAAAGCUUUCUCUGGGAAGAAAGGGAAUUCUGUCAAAGCACAAUCCCUUAUAGCAUAUAACCUUUAUCGUAAAAAUAAAUAAAAUCAACAAACAUACUCUCUUUGGACAAAUGGGCAUAGAUAGGCAUGCCUGCAUUCUUGGCUGGUUUGGAAGGGGAUUUUACAGGAGGUCCGCCCAGCUGAGUCAUUAACUCACAGUCAGGGUAUUCCUAGUGAUGGUGAUACAGCCAUUCAGAGCAGGUGAGUGAAAAGAGGCAGGCGUGGAACCACCCAGAGAAGAGUGAUGGACAGACAGCAGCUCAUUUCUCUCAAGCCCUCUCCUUACUGGGCCCACAGAUCCUUGGUCUUCUGGACUGUUGGGAACUGGUCCAUAAAGGGGUCCCUCUUCAACCACUGCACCCCAUUCAGUGCCAGCCUUGCUGUCACACCUGGAGAAAGGUGUGUGGACACCUUGCUGCUCUGUGAUUUCCCUCUAUUUAGGAAAACAGGAAUAAGAGCAAAAUCAUCACCAAAAAGGGCUUCAUCAGGAGUGCUAAGGGAGAACGGAAUGAGAAGCAAGACAGUACGAGAGCUUGGGGCUUUGAACAAAAUCAGUCAGCAAAAUCAGCUUCCCAUAUCUGAUACUUGUUGGUGAUUUGGAGAAAAGGCAGACAAGAGAUUGUUUGGAGAGUGGCAGAAGACUUUCUGAGGAUUUACUGGUGUGCCAAUGGGGCUCCUUUGCCCUUUAGUUAAAGAGAACAAACCAUAUGGCAAAAGUGUUACCUUCCAUUUUCUGUAGCAAAUAAUAUUUACCAGUUGAACUUCUAAGAUGCAGUAUGUGUAUUUGGUGCCAUUGUUUCUCCUAUGUACUACAGAAACAAAUUCAUUUUUGAACUUAACGGUGUACUCAUAGCAAAUAUUAUUGGUUUAAAUGGCAAAUAAUUCUUUCCGAUUGUCACUGAAGUCCCUGUAACUAGCAAGUGAAUGUAUUCCUGUGUCCUUGUAUACCGUGAUAAUAAAAUUUGUGCAAUGUAAUGUCAACCUAACUGCAACUAGAAGAUUAUCUUUCUGAUAUAGUAUAGAUAUUUUUAUGUUCCAAUCAUGUUUUAUAUUCCAUUGCCAUCAAUAUCUACAGGAGCUCUUUGAAGGUUUGAGUGCUCUGGUCUCAUGUGUUUCAUAUGCUGCUCAGAUGGUUCUUCUUCUAAAGAGGGAACUUAUUUUUCAGAUAUUUUAUGAUGUUGAAAUGUUAUUAAUGAAGUGGUUUGAAAAUUUGUUAUAUUAAAAGUUCACAAAAAUGAUGGAUAACAGUAAAAAGGUAUGUUUUAUAAACUUGCAUACAUCAUUAUUACACACAAGAUUGAAAAGACAAUAUUUACAUUAUUUCAUUUUUUUUAAAUAUUUCCACAGCUACUUGAGCUUUAUGUGCUUAAAGCAUACACUAAACUGUAAGUCUGGUCAUAAUUUCUCAAAUUAUUGAUUCAUCACUUUUUGAUUUCUUUUAACUUUUAGUUCCAUGUUUUAUUCCUAUAUGUUCACUGUCAUAACUUGUCUUUUUAUUUUUGUUAUUUGCAGCAUAUAAUAUUCGUGUAUGUGUAAUCCAGUUGUUUCAUUUUUGCUCCCUCUUUUUACCCCCAAUAAAAGAGAUUUUUCUUGCUGUUUUGAUUUCUUGUAUUAUGUGGGAAUGAAUCUUAUCCCCUUAAAUAUCUUUGUUUAUACCUUAUGUUCAGUCAUGUUUAAUAUGCUUCCUUCAUGUUGAAGCUGCUGAUUACUCAGCCAGAAAUCAUCUUGGAAAUCUUUAAAUACUCACUGCCUCAUUUGUUCAGAAAUUAACAUCCACUCCAAUGUUUGAAACUCACAUUUCUUAUGUCUUCCCAUAUUCUACUGCCAAGUUUAGUCAGUUUUAUAUCAAGAAUAAACUGCCUUUCCUUUUAAAAAGUUAUUUUAUUACACCUUUGGUAGAAAGAGCUCAUGACUAAAACGUGGAUUUCAGUUCCAUAUUUUCAUUGUCAUGAAGAAGAAAGAGAAAACUGGAUGGUUCCAAUACUUAAUAGACCGUCUACUAAUUGGCAAAGUAGUAAAGGAAAGCAUACAAUUACUAGUGAAACAUGAUCUUUUUUAAAUGCCACUGACAUAUGUCUUUGAAAACAGGACUUGUGCAUUCUUUAAAUUAAGAAUAGAUCAAGAAAACUGCUUCUACUUUUCAAAUACGUCAGAUUGUUCUGAGGUUUUACUCUGAAACAUUUGGUGAACACAUUCAACACCAGUCAUGUUAUUACUCUGAAUGCCUAAUAUCCUGAUUAAAAGUUUUUCUGAAUACAAUAGAGUAUUAGCUCUUAUACAUAAUUGUUCAAAAUUGGAAGUGUAAACACAUACCCUAUACAAAAGUGCAAAAACUCUCCCCCCCAAUGUACGUGCUUAGACAAGUUGUUCAGCUUCUUGUAAAAGUGUUUUCCUUUGGCUCAUUACUGCCUUUUGUCAAAUAAUCUUGAUAAUACUGUAUAAUAAAUAUUUUCUAUUUAUUAAA